AUGUCAGACCUCUCCCAACGAGCCAGAGAAGCCAUAGAAUCCAUCCCCUCCCGCUUCCGCGGUCCAGGAGGCGCAAUCGCCGUGCUCCAAAAUGGACAACCCAUCCACGAACACGCCUGGGGCUUCGCGGAUCUCGACCAACGGAUCCCCCUCAGCGCACAUACCAAGAUGCCAAUCUGCUCCAUCACCAAGCAGAUGGUCUGCAUGCUGCUCUUCGACUUGAUCAGCAACCCCACACCCGCCAUGGUGGCCACGGGACGCGACGUGUGGGAUCUGCUCUGCGGGGAAUUCGAAACGUUCCUGCCCAAUGGUCUGGGGGGGAAGAAGAUUGCUCUCGCGGACUUGUGUAAUAACCAAUCUGGGAUUCGGGACUACUGGGCCAUGUCUACUCUCUGGGGCGCGAGGCCCGAGGACAGAUUCUCCCUGGAUAAGCACGCACCGGAAGCCCUGAAGCGGACAACGUCGCUACACUUCGAGCCCGGCACGGAGUAUUCAUAUUGUAAUUUCAAUUUCUAUAUCCUCGCCCGCCUGCUGGAAAGAGUAUCCGGAGUCCCUCUGCAGCAACUGCUCACGCAGAGACUCUUCGAGCCUGCGGGCAUGACCACCGCCUCUCUCAUACCAGACACAGCUCAGCUACCCCAACCAUGCAUCGGCUACGAAGGCGACGUCGAGCACGGUUUCCACCCGGCUACGAAUCGCAUCGAAUGGUCGGGAGAUGCAGGCGUAGUCGUCACGCUGAAAGACAUGAUUGCCUACGAGCAGCAUCUAGAUCGUAGCUGGAACGAUCCCAAGAGUCCAUAUCGCAGGAUUGCCGAGCCUCAGACGUACAAAGACGGGCAUUCUGCUCCGUAUGGCUAUGGCUUGGCUCGUGGAGAGGUGGGUGGAAAGACCGUGAUCGGACAUGGCGGAGCACUGCGAGGCUUCCGGCUCCACCGGGCGCACAUGCCCUCCGAGCGUCUCUCGAUUGUCGUACUUUUCAACCACGAAGCAGAUGCCGGAGGCGCCGCCAAACAGAUCCUCCAGCAGCUCUUAGGCGUCAAACAGACGGAACAGAAAUCCACCCUUCGCAGAGACCAGCUCUUGCAUUGGGAAGGCGACUUUCUCGACGUAGACACCCAACUAGCGAUCCAGAUCACGCCAGGAGAGGGAAACCUCUCGAUCGCAUAUACCCGCGCAGGAGGAAGCGAAAAAGUGAGACCAGUAGACCCAGACCACGCGAGAUCCGAAAGCAUGGAAGCCCGCAUCGGAUCCGAAAUCCUGCACAUCAACCGCCACAAGGAAAACCGCGUCCUCGUAGCCCGACGCAUCGUCAAGCGCGAGAGUAGAAGCGACCACGCAGGCGAGUACUACUCCGCCGACGCGGAUUCCACCUUCCACUGCAGCGGCCAAGGCGCCCUUCUCCACGGUGCCUUUGACGGGUUCCUGGGUAAGGGGCCAGAGCAUCUCAUGCGCUCUCUCGGAGCAGACGUCUAUGCGCUCUCGAAUCCUCGAGGGAUGGAUGCGCCAGCUCCCGGGGAUUGGACUUGUGCCUUCCAUCGUGACGGCAAGGGCCAAGUAGCCGGUGUCACGAUAGGAUGCUGGCUCGCGCGCAAGCUCGAAUUCGUGAAGCGAUGCGAUAGUUGA